AUGGCUCGAAGCCUGGAAGAAUGCAGACGGGGACAUCAACGCGCCGAGGCCAACUCCACGGCACAAGGUGCCACGGCCAAACAUGUCUGUGGUAAGGUUAACACAGAAGAGCAGUUGCGUGUCACAUCUGCCAUGUGUCUGUCACAGUUCACACAGAAGGACAACACCUGCCCACCAAGAGCUCCCCCAAGAAGCAUCUCCGGCUGGAGACCUCCCCUCCUGGCUGUCACGUCGCCUGCCGCUGCAGCGCCCAGGGAGUUGAGUCCCAAGCGGGCUGCCAUAAGGCCCACAUCGGCCGCCCCCGGCGGCGGCAGCCGCUGGCCUCCGUUGAUCACUGGCUCACUGGACACGCGCCUGAACCGCGCUGAGAUGUUGCUGCAGCUGCAGUAUGGCCGCCUCGGCGGUAGUCGCGCCGCCAACCUCCGGGCGGCCUUCCCGCCUCCACGCGAUAAUGAUCCUCAAGGCGAUAACCAUGAGGUAAUUCUCCACGACUACCUCGUGGAGAGGUUUGCGCUGGCUCAUGGGACAGUUGUGUCGCUGCGCCAAGUCCUGCCGGCGACAAGCCUUGUCCUGUCAUAG